AUGACCAUCACUAGCACAUCAAAGGAGCCUCCACCUGAUACAGAAUGUGGCAAGCUAUGGACACUAGAAGACACAUUCAUCCAUCCAGAAUUCCGUUUGCUGUAUGUUCCUCCCAAAGAUGAAGAUGGCAUAAUGACGAUCAUUACUCCUUCCAAACAUGAACCAUCUUACGUGCCCGAUCGCAAAUUUUAUGCUCUAUCGCAUUUAUGGGGCACCGAUCCAAAGGAUAACCUAUGGGACGUGAGCAACUUUAUCAGUGACGAGGAUGGUACCACAGUGGAACCAAUACCAAUGAGAGAAGAGAAACGCGAGACCUUCUUGAAUCUACUGCAAGAGAAUCCUGGCUACUGGUGGAUUGAUAUCUUGUGUUGUAGAACCGAUACGCCACCUAUCAUCAUGCGAGGUGUGUAUGGUUGCUGUCAUACUUGCUUUGCUAUGCUUGAUUGUCCUUCCGAUGCAAUUGAAUUUUUCUCAGUUGUACUCCCUCCGUUUAAGAUCGAGAAUGAACAAAGCUUUCUAAAUUAUACCGAAGAAAUGAGCUCUCCGCGUCCGAUAUCACAACUCAUGCCCUAUCCGAUACAAAAACUAAAGGAAGCAUGGGAGUAUGCUACGAUCAUUUGGACAUGUCGAUGGUUUUCACGUGUAUGGACCUUGCAAGAAUUGGCCCUUCCGUCUUCAGUUUUAUUACUCUCAGAGACAUGUGAUAUGCCUUGUGACAGCAACACCAUCGAAAUUGAAGCGCUAAAGUUUCAGAUGUUCCUGAUAAGUGAGCACCACAUGCUUGACAUGGACACGGAUGAAUAUGACAAGAGCGCCGGCUAUCUUUAUGAUCAUCUUUUCGUCAUGAGACUUUCUGUCAAAGAGAUCUAUGAAUUCAACAAAAACAUACAACUUCAGCAACUCAAAUCGCUUGACUACCUAUUAGACCUACUCGCCAAAUCUGAACGAUCUUGCUAUUUUGCCGAAGAUUAUGUGUAUGGCAUACUCGGCAUUUUAGGCUGGGACAUCCCACGGCUCAAUGAUAUGGAAGAUGUAUGGAGCCGCUUCCUCUUCAGUUUGAAAGGAUUUGCAGAGAAGGUGUUAUGGCCAGCCAUUGAAGAGUAUUUUCAAUACGCCGAUCGCGCCCCCUUGUAUAUCCAGGACCACCCGAACUUUGAACCAGAUCCAGAAAUUUCACUCAAGCAUUGCCGAGAAACUAUGCAUAUCAACAUUUCGCGGGAAGCUCGAUCAUGCUCACUAUAUACAGCAUGCAGUAUGACAGACGUGUACCCGGGAUUAUUGUAUAUCAAGGCUGAUUGCCCCUGUGUUAAUUGUUAUUUUGCCCUUGAAUGCGUGAAAGCCACAGUCGUGUAUUGCAGAGUCAUUCACAAUGGUUUUAAUAAAGAUGAAUGUGAUGAAUAA